AUGGGUACGAAUGUGGGUGUGGUAUGGGUAUGGGUAUGGAUAUGGAUAUGGUAUGGUUAUACUUUAUUACUGUACAAUGUACGGAGUACCGAGGGUGAUGGAGACGAGGAUACUGUAACACGUUGGAUGGAUAUUGGGUAUGAGUGA